AUGGCAACAGUCCUCGCAAAAGGUGGCACCCCGCCCAAACCGGCUCCCACUCCCUCAGACAGAAACGGAAACAACUCCCCUACUCUCGAGUCUUCCGAGUCCAAAGGCUCCAAGUCCAACAUCGUCUCCACGUCCUCGGAAUCCCUUUCUUCAAUCCCUCCACUAGGCGUAGCAGUCGAAGAACGUCGCUUCUGGUUCCAACGUGCCCAGUCCUACGAUCCCGGCGCCAUCGCUACACAAGUGUCGAUCGACUGGCGCAUCAUGGUGUGGGCGUGCAUCAUGUUUAUGGCGCUGGAGCUGGAUCGGGCGAAUAUCGGCCAGGCGUUGACGGAUAAUUUCUUGGGAAACUUGGGGAUGACGACGAAUGACUACAACCUAGGCAACUCAGUCUUCAAACUCGCCUUCCUCUGCGCCGAGCUUCCCUCCCAGCUCGUCUCCAAAUGGGUCGGUCCCGACCGCUGGAUUCCCGCGCAGAUGGUUCUCUGGUCCAUCGUGGCGACCUGCCAAUUCUGGCUUUCCGGUCGAACCUCCUUCCUCGCCUGCCGGGCCCUGCUCGGUAUCCUUCAAGGCGGCUUCAUCCCAGACGUGAUCUUGUACCUCAGUUACUUCUACAAGCACCAUGAGUUAUCCCUGAGACUGGGCUUCUUCUGGACGGCCAUGAGUGUUGCGGAUAUUGCGAGCGCGCUGUUGGCGUAUGGGCUGUUGCAUAUGAGAGGCGUGCAGGGGCAUGCGGGGUGGAGGUGGUUAUUCUUGAUUGAGGGCCUAAUGACACUCAUCAUCGGCAUCUUUGCUUUCGCUCUCAUGCCUGCGGGCCCUUGCCACACCGCCAGCUGGUUCCGCGGCAAGAACGGGUGGUUCACCGAAAAGGAAGAGAAGAUCAUUGUCAAUCGCGUUAUUCGCGAAGACCCAAGCAAGAGCGACAUGCAUAACCGUGAGCCCAUCACGCCGAGACUUCUCUGGCAGAGCCUCAAGGACUUUGAUCUUUGGCCCCUCUACAUCCUAGGCCUAGUCUUCCAAAUCCCCAUGACGCCCAUAGCCCAAUACCUAACCCUCACCCUCAAGGGGCUACACUUCGACACCUUCCAAGCCAACCUGCUCACCAUCCCCUACACGGUGCUACACAUGAUCACCAUGCUCGGCAUCACCUAUCUCGGGGAAAUAUUCAACGAGCUCACCCUGAUCGCGGCAUCGGGGCAAAUCUGGGCUUUGCCGUUCCUCAUCUACCUUAACACUGUCGACACCACGGGCGUCAAUAGAUGGGUCAUCUAUGCCGUCACAACGCUCCUGCUGGGAUAUCCGAAUGCGCAUCCGAUUCAGGUCGGGUGGAAUUCUAGGAACUCGAAUACGGUUAGGUCGAGAACGGUGUCGGCGGCUUGUUAUAAUAUGUUUGUGCAGGCGGGGGGGAUUGUGAGUUCGAAUAUUUAUCGGAAGGACGACGCACCACUAUACAAGCGCGCCAACAAGCAACUGCUGGCCGUCUGCUGCAUGAACAUUGUGCUGUAUAUCCUCGUCAAGCUGUACUACAUCUUCCGCAACAAGCAGAAGGCGAAGAAAUGGGAGGCCAUGACGACGGAGGAGAGACUUGGGUAUUUGGCGAACACGAAUGACAAGGGGAACAAGAGGCUGGAUUUCAGGUUCCAGCACUGA